UUUAAAUGUUGUGCAUAUAAUUGUUAUUUUUUAACUCCUGUUGUACAAAAAAGUAAUAGGAAAACAAAUUUGUUAUUUGAGGGUUUUUUUUUUGAGGAACAAAACUUAAAAAUUUAUUAAAAUAUAGCAAAAUGUUAAUGCGAACUCAGCAAUUUAACAAUUUAGACUAUCGUCGUCGUCAAAUUGAUACUUUAAAAGUAUUCAAUGACAAUGUGGUUGAAGUUUGUGAUUUGGAAGAAUAUUGCAUACAUUUCGAGUCCGGAGGACGUAAUUUUAUAUUAUCCGUUUUAUUGGGUGUUAAUUUUCCCAAUGAAAAGCCCAAAUUGAUGUUAUCCCCAUUGGUGCAACAUAUAUGGGUAAAUGCCUCUACCGGUGAAGUAGAAUCGGCUCCAGGUUUGUUAAAUUAUUCUCCACACUCAGAUUUGGGUCGAGUUGUACAGGCUGUUAUUCGAGAGUUUGAACGUUUCCCACCACCUGUUAUUAAGGCCAACAGUCCUAUAAACAUUCCCCCGCCUAAUAAUUCCUCUACCAUAGGGCCACAGCAAACAAUGCUGCCGCAAACACAUCAUCAUUCUCAUCAUACACAUCAUCAUCAUCAACAUCAUCCCUAUCCCCUACAAGUGGCCAAAUCUUUAGAUAGCGGCACCAGCAGUGGUGCCUCGAAUAGCACCAACAGCAGCAAAGAAACUUCACCACAUGAUCCCUCCAAAAUCACUUCGCCACGCUUAAAUGAAAGUAGUUUUCCAAAUCUUUCUACACUCUCGCUAGAUGAACUCAAACAGCUGGAUAAUGAUCCUGAAUUCUUUGAUGAUUUCAUCGAAGAAAUGUCUGUGGUGCAACAGUUAAACGAGGAUCUCGAUUCCAUGAUCAAUCAAGUAGAAACAAUAUCCAAAGAAAAUGAAACCAAGGAAACACAUUUGGUGGAAUUAAAACGUAAACUUAGUGAUGAUGUUACUACUCUCAAGCAUUUAGGCGAGAAAUGUGAUCAAUUGAAUAAGAAAUAUCUUAAGAAAUCAGAGGAAUAUAAUCCACAACAUAUAAGAGAACUCUUGCAAAUAGCUGCCUCUAAUGCAGAUACCGAAUGUGAACGUCAUGUAGAGCAAUUUCUAAAUGGUAAAAUUGAUGUACAAACAUUUUUACAAAGUUAUACACAUUGCAAGAAAUUGAGUUCAGAACGUAAGGCCAAAGAGGAAAGAUUGGGUCAACAGUUGACGGCUUUAGAAAGAGCGGGAGGCAUUUAAGGGGAAUUUCGCUCAAAAGCUUUAAAUUAUUGUGCAGUAGAAACAAAAAAAAAAAAAACAACAAUAAUCAAUCUACAAACAGCCUGGUGCUGGGGCUUUAUAUUUAGUUUCUUAGUUGUUCUUUAUUAUUAUUUUUGUAGUUUUUGUUUUCAAUCCACAAUAUUGUUGUUGUUCUUUUUAUGUUAUAUAUAUAAACUUUUAUUGUACACUCUUUAUUAGAUUCCUUGUUUAAGUUAGAUUUUAUUUAUAUUUUCAUUAAAGCUUAAGCUUUUUCCAACCAGUGGUCUUGUCUUAACUCAGCUAAAGCCCAAAUUCCAUAAAAUCUAUUCAACAGCUUAAAGAAAUAACUCUCCUCUUGUAUUUAAACCAAAAUCUGUUUAUUUAUUAUUAAUUUAUUAUAUAAUUCUUUUUGUUUUGUUUAAAAUUUAUUUAAUAGCUAUUAGUAGUUAUAACAAAAAAGAAAAUCUCCUAUUGUCAAGGAAUUAACCAUAAAUGUUGAGAGUUUUCUUUAACAUUUCUUGGUUAUUCUUUGGAAACGUUUAAAAGUAUAUCAAAUAAAGUUUAUUUCGUUUAAAAAGAAAAAAAUAUUAUAAGAAAAAUGUA